UUCGUUCUACCGAUAUGAGUUGUGAUAACAGUCGAUGAGAUUUUUGACAACGUUUAAAGUACAGUGUUCGAAACUCAACUUCCUGGAUGACGUUUACGCGAACUGUCAACACAGAUCAAAACAAAACUUCCCCACGUAUCGGGUGGAAGUAAGAUAAUUCCUGCAUUUGUUUCAAUUGGAAACUUUGUGAAUUUAAUCAUUGAACACAAACAAUAACCAUGUUCACUUUGUGGUCGUUGGUAGAAGCAUCUUUAUUAUUUUUUAAUGCUGUGUGUGUUUUAAGCGAGGAACGGUUCCUGUCCAAAUAUGGAUGGGGUAUGUCAGCACAAGUGCAAGGAUUUGGAGAGCCCACGUCAACCAAAGCACAGAUAUUGCUGCUCGUCCGGUCUAUACGAACUGUGGCCAAAAUACCUUUAAUAUUUCUUAAUAUAGUAGCAAUAAUGUUUAAAUUAAUUCUUGGCUGACGACGGCGUGUCGUCUAUCUUUGUGUAUUGUUGAAUGAAUAAAUAUAUCAUCUAAC